AUGGGUGGUGAUUCUUCCACGCAAACAGUUCAAUCUUAUGGAUAUGCAAUUAACAAAUUAACAAUCACAAUGCAAAUGACAUCAGAAAUACGAAGCCUAAAUUAUGGUUUAGCCAAUAGCUUAGGUUGUGCUCUUG